ACCUGUAGCACACCUCACUCAAUGUAAACAAUCCUAAAAGUGGACACUGUGAUCUUAAGAUCACAUGAGCGCGUUUGGAGAAGUUCAAUAGUGCUUAUUUGGUGUUUAUUUCCUCUUCCGCUUGAAUUUCUUUGUGGUUUUCCGGUUGUUUAUGGUUAAUCUUUAUUUAUUAUUAAACUCCGACUCAGAGUUGAGGAAGUGCUUGUACACAGCACCGGACACACACACCAGUGUAAUCAGCUCUACAGGGAGAAUCAGGUCUCUGUGUCUAAGUCUCAGACCAACCAGUUGAUGAAGAAUGAAGUCACAUGUCCUCAUCCUGUGUCUCGGAUAUGUCUUCCUGACGUCCACCCUUAUCGUUUCUAAGAAAGAAUGGACCAAACUGAUCCUGACUCAUCACUGGCCACAAACGUUUUGCAGUAUGGAAAAAUGCACUGCAAAUUUUAGUUACUGGACCCUGCAUGGAUUAUGGCCUAACAGCGGUGCUGAGUGUAACAUGUCCUGGCAUUUCAAUGCGAGUUUGAUCGAGGACCUGCUCCCGGAAAUGAAAGAAUUUUGGCCAAACCUUCUGAAACCUACGUCUACAGAAUUCUGGAAGCAUGAAUGGACAAAGCACGGGACAUGCGCUGCUAAAGCGGAGACGUUGGACUCUCAGCACAAAUUUGGAAAAACCCUGGAACUUUACCACAAGCUGGAUCUCAAUGGAGUUUUGAAGAAGAACAAUAUCGUUCCCUCUGAAAACUACUACAAGCUAACCGACGUGGUAGGAAGCAUCAGCGGUUCUUAUGGAGUGGAUCCAAAAAUUCAGUGUGUUUCACACGAUAAGAUGAGCGAGUUCCAGAUCUUGGGCCAGAUCGAGAUCUGUUUUGACAAGCAGUUUCAGCUUGUCGACUGUGAAAACAGCGCGGAGGAGAUUCAGAAGAGCGACAACGAUAUUCUGCCAUUCGCCUUCAAUGGCGGAUCAGGAUUUCAUGUGUGUGACGCCUCAGUGCCAGUUUACUACCCUCCACUGCAGACACUGCACUUUCCAUAAACUGUUUCUUUAAGGGUUUAAAACUUCAAGCAAUCAGAUAUGAUGAACCAAUAAUCCAUGCUUGUCCAGAGAACAGGAUGUCUGAACUGAAAUCGUUUGGACAACAAACUGAUCUCAUAGGUAUAUGCCAGAGGUGCCUACAAAGUCUUUCUAUGUAGGGCCAAAAAUCAACCUUCAGCCAAAAAUAUUUUGCAUUGUAUUUUAAGAUUAUAUUCGAAUGAAAGUAUUCAAUGGUUCCUCUCAUUUAUGAUUUGAUACUAUUUAAUAAUUAAAUGAAUAGAAAA